AUGGAACCCAUCGCAUUGCUGCGGGAGAUAGGCUCCCUGUUACAGCAGUAUCAAGAGGCCUUCACAUCAUCGCUCACAACAGUAGACUAUUUAUCCGUUACUACCCUCCCUUCCAAGAUUACCAAAGACGGCGAUAUCGGUGAACCCCAUGUGAGCGAUGUUUUGGGACCCCAGCGGCCGCCAUCUUUUUUCUUACCGGACCUUCAGUCACGGAGAUUUCCCGGCUCUUCCCUGACGGAGUCCUACUGCCUGGCAGCUACCAUUCCACCGGGUGAGGUUGUGGCCGGUCUGGAACCUGUUGCCUCUGACAACACGGAUAGGAGCCUUAGACCGGAGAAGUUUUUUAAUCCUGUGUGGCAGCACAAAGUGGAAACGGACUGUACACUGGAUAGGAUCUUCUUGAAGCAACAUGCUUGUGGACAGAUCAGUGUCAAGCAUGGAGAAACAGAACUGCAACAAUCGUCUAUGGCCUGUUUACCUGUGUUUGCACACUAUUACUACGUGGAGAAUUGUGGAGAGUUCUCAUACCUCGUCUAUAACUUUUGGCUGACCAAUUACUAUUUAACCAUUAUGAUCUAUAGAUCUGGAGAUAAUCUUUUUGAAUGGCACUUUACAGUCAGGGGCACAGAUUCAGACUUUGAUGGAGGAGUUUAUCAUGGAAGAAUUGUUCUUCCACCAGAAUACCCCAUGAAACCUCCAAGCAUCAUUUUAUUAACUGCAAAUGGAAGAUUUGAAGUUGGGAAGAAAAUAUGUUUGAGCAUUUCUGGACAUCACCCUGAAACAUGGCAACCUUUUAGAACGGCAUUAUUGGCUAUAAUUGGAUUCAUGCCAACCAAAGGAGAAGGUGCCAUAGGCUCUCUUGACUACACACCUGAGGAAAGAAAAGCACUUGCCAAGAAGUCUCAGGACUACUACUGUGAAGCAUGUGGGGUAAACAUGAAGUCUGUUCUGCUCCCCUUAAGUUCUGAUUCAAGUAAAGCUGACAGGGAAGCCAAGGAGCUUGCUAGACAAAUUAGGUUUAAGGCAGAGGUGAAUCCACCCGGAGGUGCUCACUCAAACACAAAUCUCCCAAAAUGUCAAGAAGAGGGACAGGGAUCUGCUCAAAAUUCCAUGGCUGAAAAUCAGGAUGUGCCACACUUUUCUGUCCAAGAAACAACACAAGCAAUCCAAAGUACCAACAUCUCCCGAAGCCCAAGGCAGCGUCGCACACAGCAACAGCAGCAGCAGCACAGGAGAACUGCGUCUCCAGGUCUCAUCGAGGUCCAGCAGCAUGCUGUCAAUGGCAGUAAUACCGGAACAGCAGUGCUUAUUGUUGUGCUGACACUGGCAUUGGCAGUUCUAAUAUUCCGUCGAAUAUACUUAGCAAAUGAGUACAUCUUUGACUAUGAAAUAUAGUGUUUGGUUUCUAAAGAAGUUACAUGAAUGUCUCAAUAAACCAGGUAAAUCAGGUAUGUUAAGAGGACAGUUUACAGAAUUAUCUUUUCAUUUAACUGAAUGACUGUUUGCCUUUUCUUAGAAGACGUUUUAAUAGCUGUAUUUGUCUUGAAGAAAUCAGUUACUCUUUCUUUACUUUUAGCGGAGCCACAAAGGUAUCAAUUCAGAAAUUUUUAUUGUACAAAACAUACCAACAAAUUUUGUGAUAUAUGUACUUGCACAUACAUAAACAUGAUAAAUAAAAAAAUAUUCACAGGUAUCAGUUUGUAUUUACUUGUUGCCUCAUUUUUAAUAUAUCACAAAAGCAUACAAAUUUAGCAUGUCUCUUUUAAAAGUGGUUACAGGUGUUAAAACUGAGAAUGUUAAAAGUUCUGCAUUUGUACAUAUGAAACACUUUGAAAUGUGUUAUCAAAUUUGAAUUGAAUUACACUAACUCUUUAAUUAAACUGUAUAUUCUCUUAAACACGGGACCAGUAAAUACAUAACUGGGGUAUUUGAUUAGGCAGAUAAUUUGUUCAGCUUUAAAUAGUCUUCGUUUGUUUAUAUCGGAUGUAUAUCUUGCUUUUAAUUUGAAGAUUCUUAAUUAAGAUGUUUAUUCUUGAAUUUGCUGUAUAUUAAGUAAUUAAAAAUACUCAAGCAAUACAA